GGAGCUGGCGAGGGGAGGGCUGAGCAGACGCGCAGUGUGUCUGUUGGAGCGGGCGGGGCGCCGUGACGUCGCUGCGGCGGGCGGCGGACAGAGGCCGAGCGGAGCCGAGCGCCUGCGGCUGGGCCCGGGCCUCUGCCAGUGACUCGGACUCCUGAGGGGGGGGGGGAGACCGCGAUGUAGAGCAGAAACCGGGCGGGAGCGGUGUGACCCGAGGUAGGGCUCGGCUCAGCGGAGCGGUCCGGGGGGGGGGAGGGGGGGAAGCGAAAAUGGCAGGGAACUGCGGCAACUUUGCGGCGGCAGCGGCCGGAGAGAUCAUCCAGCUCAACGUGGGCGGCACCAGGUUCAGUACCUCCAGGCAAACACUAAUGUGGAUUCCAGACUCCUUUUUCUCCAGCUUGCUGAGUGGGAGAAUCUCAACACUACGGGAUGAAACUGGAGCAAUAUUUAUUGAUCGAGAUCCCACUGCAUUUGCACCAAUUCUGAAUUUUCUUAGAACAAAAGAGUUAGAUUUAAGGGGGGUAAACAUCAAUGUUCUGAGACAUGAAGCUGAAUUUUAUGGGAUUACUCCUCUAGUUCGCCGCUUGUUGCUCUGUGAAGAACUUGAACGAUCGUCGUGUGGUAGUGUUCUGUUCCAUGGGUAUCUGCCCCCUCCAGCCAUUCCCAGUAGAAAAGGAAGCAUUGGAGGGCCUGGAGCCUUGCAGGACAGUAAAUCUGGACAAAGCACGGCAGAAGGGGCAGUUCGUCCAAACUCAGCUCCUUCUGUGUCGACUGGAGUCAUCUCGUCUGAAGGGUCUGCUAGGUUGGGCACGGUGGUCGAUCCCCGGAAGGUUCUGAUAGUUGCUGGCCAUCACAAUUGGAUUGUAGUAGCUUAUGCACACUUCGUAGUCUGUUACAGAAUUAAGGAGUCUUCUGGGUGGCAGCAAGUAUUUACGAGCCCUUACCUUGACUGGACAAUAGAACGAGUUGCAGUAAAUGCUAAAGUUGUUGGUGGACCACUUGGUGAUAAAGACAAGAUGGUAGCUGUAGCAUCUGAUAGCAGUAUAAUUCUGUGGAGUAUUCAGGAUGGAGGCAGUGGCAAUGAAAUCGGUGUGUUUAGUCUUGGAGUUCCAGUAGAUGCACUCUUCUUCAUUGGUAAUCAGCUAGUCGCAACCAGUCACACUGGGAAAGUUGGUGUGUGGAAUGCAGUUACCCAACACUGGCAGGUACAGGAAGUUGUCCCGAUCACAAGCUGUGACACAGCAGGAACAUUCCUUCUGUUGGGCUGUAAUAACGGAUCAAUAUAUUACAUAGAUAUGCAAAAAUUCCCUCUAAGGAUGAAAGAUAAUGACCUUCUGGUAACUGAACUUUAUCAUGAUCCAUCCAACGAUGCCAUCACUGCACUAAGUGUGUACCUCACUCCCAAAACAAGUGUCAGUGGAAAUUGGAUUGAGAUUGCAUAUGGAACCAGUUCUGGUGCAGUGCGUGUGAUAGUCCAACAUCCUGAAACUGUAGGCUCCGGUCCCCAACUCUUCCAGACCUUCACAGUUCACCGUAGCCCAGUGACUAAAAUCAUGCUGUCAGAAAAGUAUCUGGUAUCAGUGUGUGCUGAUAACAACCAUGUGAGGACUUGGACAGUCACUCGUUUCAGAGGAAUGAUCUCCACACAACCAGGGUCCACUCCAUUGGCAUCUUUCAAAAUACUUUCACUAGAGGAAACUGAGAGCCACGGAAGUUAUGCAGCUGGUAACGACAUUGGACCCUUUGGGGAGAGGGAUGAUCAACAGGUUUUCAUUCAGAAAGUUGUUCCAGUCACAAAUAAGCUGUUUGUUCGUUUGUCUUCCACGGGGAAAAGGAUUUGUGAGAUCCAGGCAGUGGAUGGCAUGACAAUAACUGCUUUUACUGUGAGGGAAUGUGAAGGUUCUAGUCGGAUGGGUUCUCGACCAAGGCGGUACCUCUUCACAGGCCAUGGUAAUGGAAGUAUUCAGAUGUGGGACCUGACAACUGCCAUGGAUAUGGUAAACAAAGGGGAAGAGAAAGAUGUUGGAGGCCCCACGGAAGAAGAGCUGCUGAAGUUGCUGGAUCAGUGUGAUCUUAGCACAUCCCGCUGUGUUACUCCCAACAUCAGUCCAGCUGCCUCUCUCGUACAACAUACCAAACUGCGGGAAUCAAGCUCAAGUCUUCAGCUUCAGACCUCGGAGGCAUUUCAUGAGACUGCAACUUAUGGUUCUGUGAGGCCAUACAGGGAGAGUCCGCUGCUAGCAAGAGCAAGGCGGACGGAAAGCUUUCAUAGUUACCGAGACUUUCAACCUUUCACGUUCAAUAAAAAUAUGAUAGAUAAAGGGAAUGCUGGUUCUGAAAGUGAUUCUUCAGUACAGCUGGAGGGGGAGCCAAAAAUAAGGAAACCUGGAACUGGAGACUAUAUCAUCAGUGAGCGAAAGAGCCAAGUGAAUGAGACUCGAGGAAGCAGGAGUCUGGAUGGGACAGUAGAGACUCCAAAAGCAGGUGAAGGUGUGACUGAAUUCAGGAAAAAAAUGCAGGAUGAAGAAACUGAUAAGUUUGAAAACAAGAAAAAAAAUACAUUUGAAGGAGGAUUUUUAAGCAGAAAAAAAACUGUUGCAGUCCAGCAGUUGGCAUCAUGCCCUGUUGGUGCUGAAGCAGGAACUGAGCCCCAGAGCACAGCCUCGCAGUCUCCAACAAAAGUGGCCACGUCUCCUCGCCAUAAGAAGAUUGAGGCUCUGUGUCAGGAUCAGAGUUUGUGAGUUAUAAUCACUACAAUGGAAACUUAGGUUUUUAACUAACAAGAACAUUUAAUGCUACAGUAUUCUCUCACACCAAAAUUGUACACUAAAUACUAUUUCAAGUUCAAAGAAUUUAUUUUAUUUCUUGUCAGUAUUACUUGUUUUUGGUUGCAUGAGUGCACACUAAACUCCAGCAUUAGCGCUGUUACAAAAACUGACAGAGAAUUGUCCCACAUGACUGAGCCUGUUGAAGUUUUACUUUACUUGUUAGGGCCUUUAGUUGGCUGAGUUCUGCUGAAAUCUGCUCUAAUUUUUAAAUAUAACUUUCUGAACCAAAUGUCCAUUUUUACAGGCAUGUUGAAAUGGUGCAAAUACCAUUCUCCUCUGUGCAUUCUUGGCUCUGGAUUGCUUCAAACUGCAUUUAUUUUAAAGAUCAUGAGCAAACCUAGAAGGGUGCUGCUGAUGAUCAAGCUUGUGAGCAUAUAUUCAUUAUACUACAUUCUUUAGAAGAUUUCCUAAGUCAAAAAUGCUGCAGAUUAUGAAUAAACUAUAUUGCAUUGAAGGAAGAUUGAAACAUUGUGAGCUAUAUUUAAUUGUACAUGGAAGCUACAGCCACUUACAUAAUUUGACACACCUAAGGUCCUUUUCAUUUCAUACCCUGAUUGAAAUUAGCAAUAACACCAGUGGCACUAAAGGCAAUUUUUGGUUGUAGGAAAAGGUUAAGAACCACAUUGUGCUGUGCAGACAGAGAAUCUAGCCAGCUUGAGAUAUUAAUGAAAUCUUUCAUUUGACAUCACCAACAACAUUGUUCUUAUUCAUGGGAAAGGGAACAAGUUAUUGGUAUGAGCCACAACUUUAAUUACCCUCUUCCCAUCCAAUUUGAUUGGGAUAAUCUAUUAAUAAAUUCAUGCUGCAGUGAAAGCCAAUUCUUCUGCUUAUCUAAAUUCUAUGCAAUUUCUAAGUCUGGAAGGACAAAGCCCAGCACUAAUCAAAGGCCUUUGAAUUUUUAAUGUGAUAGACCUUUAGUUUUAUUGGAUAGCAAUUUGAUGUUUAAAGUGAAACACAUCAAUUGCCAAACAAUAAGCAAUCCAUAUUAUGUAAAGAACUGAAAGUCUUGUACAAAAGCUUGAAGGAACUCAAGUGUGGAGCUAUUGCUGUAACACAAUACUGCAUCACUAUUUUUCCCAAUAAACCACCAAAGUCUUGUAUUGGAAACUUCUAGUCUGUACCUUAUCAAAGCAUGCAAAGUCAAUGAUUUUGACCCACUUCUAAAUCCUUCGGACCAACUCUUCCUCAUGAGGUGUUCUUAUUAAUGGCAAUAUCAGCACUGUGCUUACACAUUGCAAGGUCACAAGUGUGGGGAGGAUAACAUUUCUCAAACACAACUAUGUAACAAUCACCGGUUACAAAAAACUCUCAGAAGAAUAAGUUUUUUUGAUUCAAAGGCCUUUUAAAAUUUACACAGAUCAAAUUCUUGUAUAACAAACCCUGACCAAUUCAACAUCUUUUUUUGAAAGUAGAUUGGCUAGCUCGGCAGCAAACAAGUAAAUAUGAAGUAAAAAGAAUCUGCUUCAAUGGGAAAAUCUUAAAGUAAUGCAUUCCUGCAAUUUUAUUACAAGUUCCUAAUUCUGGCAAAAAGUUUUUUUUCCUUGACACUGGUACCAUCAGGGUCUUGACCUUUGGGUUUAGCCUAAUCUCUGAAAAACAACAGAGAUUUGAUGGAUUUUUCUUUUACAAGACCGAGUUGAAAUGUAAUAAAUACAUGUAAAGUUGUCUGAUUAGAAUUUUGUAACCUUUGCACUCCACAUGAUGUUCCAUGGUAAGGGACCCAAAUGAUAAAUUAAAAACAGCUUUAUAAACAC